AAGAAAGAAAGCAGAAAGAAGGUGUAGAUCAUGAAGACGAGGGAGCACUAGUAUGCGAAAACAUGAACUUGGGUGGCACUAGUAGUAUUAGUCGUGGUGAUGUGACUAGUAGUAGUGAUGUGAAGGGAGUAGUGCCCGUCGGUGGGGACAUCUGGUACCCGGGACGCCCUCAGCCCCGUGGAAAUGGGCAUUUUGUCCAGGAUGUUGACGAGCCCCGAGUGGCGAGGAGAGGAGAGGAGGGGCGCCGUGGAAUUCAGGUGUGGCGGUGCGGUGCAAUGCUCAUGCCCGGCAUCUCUUCCAACGCAAAACCCUCUCUUUGCAUCGGAUCCAACACCAGGACGGCAGAGCUUGUCAUCGCAACUGGAUGGAGCACCCAGCUACUUGGUCCCACUUUUUCUCGCGUUUUUUGUCGUACAUCAUUUGAGUAAGAGUUUCUUCUCCUUCUUCACGUUUUCACCUAGGAGGGCAACAAGUUGUGAUAUUUAAGAAAUCUCCACACGAGUAAAGGGUUCCAACAAGCGGCAUAGGUUUUGUUCAAGUGGAUUGGGCAUUGUGUCCCGCCACACCGAUUUUGGUGUUUAGGGUUUGGAGUAGAGAAUUGGAGAGGAGUCUGCGCAGCUAUGGAGCAAGCGUCGCGUAAGUACUCUGUCUUCGACGUGGAAGUUUUGAAGUGGGAGCUGGAGCGAAUUGGUGUCAAGGCGCUACAUGUCUUCACCAUUUGGACGCAUGUUUUAGCACAUCCAGAUACAGAAGCGCAUGAUGUGCCUGGACUGCCUUUUGCUGCUAUCGAUAUGAUAAAAGAGAAAUUCAAGACAUUGACGUCGCAAGUUAAAGAUCAGGAAACAUCUGCGGAUGGCACGACAACAAAGCUUUUGAUCCAGUUACAGGGUGGGCAGUCUGUGGAGGCAGUGAUAAUGAGACAUGAUGCUGGAGCAGGAAAAUACGCUGGUGGACCUCGUCAAGGUGGCUCUCGGGCCACUUUGUGUGUUUCAUCUCAGGUGGGGUGCCAAAUGGGUUGCACAUUUUGCGCCACAGGCACUAUGGGCCUGAAAGGUAAUCUGUCUGCUGGCGAGAUUGUAGAACAACUCGUUCAUGCUUCUCAAGUUACUCCCAUCCGUAAUAUUGUAUUCAUGGGCAUGGGAGAACCUUUGAACAACUAUAAAUCAGUUGUUGAAGGAAUACAAAUAAUGACUGGACGCUGCUUCGGUUUGUCACCAUCUCACAUUACCGUCUCUACUGUCGGAGUGAUUCCACGUAUUUUGUCAAUAGCCAAUGACUUACCAGGCGUAAAUUUAGCACUUUCACUCCAUGCACCAACGCAAGAACUGCGAUGCCAAAUUGUACCUACUGCGAAAGCUUAUCCUUUGCAUAAACUAAUGGCUGCUCUGAAUUCUUACCAAACGAUCAGUCGACGGCGUGUGUUAGUGGAGUAUGUAAUGCUUGCUGGUAUCAACGAUUCUGAUGAAGUGGCCCACCAACUCGGAACUCUUUUGAAGGAUCAUAAUGUGACCCUUAAUUUAAUUCCAUACAAUCCGGCUACAUCAUCCGACUAUAAGCCCACUUCGCAAGAAGAUCUAACACGUUUUCAGAAGAUCUUGAGAGGAGUACAUGGCGUAAGGACCACCAUUCGGCAAGAAAUGGGACAAGACAUUGCAGGCGCCUGUGGCCAGCUUGUGAUAUCGCAGUCAGUAAAACAAUCACCCAAACUAACCGAUAUAGAGGAUAUGUGUUCAUCAUGACACGGAGGUCAAAACGACUCUCGUUUGUGUCACGUGUUCCAUGUCGGGGAUCAUCCAGGUUGCAGCACCGGAUCAAAUGGCGGCGACCUAGUGUAGUCCUGUCUCCUUGUCCGAUUUCUCAACCUCAUUGGUUUUCUAUUGUUCAGUUUCUAGUAACAAGCAGUCACUGCGAAGAAAGAAUCUGGUUGGAAUUGCUGUGGUAAGGUUGAUCAGUUUGGAACAGGUUGUUUUUUUUUAAUCUCUCAACAAUCCAAAAUUUCAUAAUGGUCAAUCUCUAGCAGAAUGGUUAGUGAUUUGUCUUGCAUUGGUUGCAUGUCCAGGUCAAGCAUUAGAAACUGCCUCCUAUAUCUCGGCCUAUAUCUCGGCCUUGCCAUGAAUAAUGUGGAGUGCUUGUAAUCUUGUCAAGUCCAAUGAAGACAUUUUUAUUGGUGCUA